GGCGUCGCCCCCUUGAUGACUCCGGUGUCAGUAUCAGCCGUCCGCUACCCAGUCGCUCCGCAGCCUUACGCACAUAUGUCCAAUGGCUAUCCUGGCGCCCCGAUGCCCUUGCCCGUGCCGCUGCCUUCGUCGAUGCCGCCUGAGUAUCCGAAUAUUUGUUGUGGGUUCUUGUUUGAUAAGCUGUUGGAAACUUGGGUGACAAAGAGAGUCUGGUUUCUGGUAUGGCUCAUUUUGGAUUUCGACUAUAAAUAUGCAUUUGACAAUUCGACUAUGUUUUUUCGCCCAUCUGCUGCUAUUUAAUUUCAUUUGAUAUUGAGUCUUUGUACUGGUUGAUACUGGAUAUUGAGGAUCAUAAGUGCUCUGGGGCUUGUGAUGUUCACUUGAACUUCAGAGUAGGAGAAGAUCCGAAUUUGUUGCUAGUUUUAUGGUCACAAAUGGGGAUUUCUUAUUUCAAAUUUUUGAUUGACAAUGGAUGAAGUUUGCAUGAAAAUGAAUCAUUUUGAGUGAUUCUAUGGAAAAGGUUUUGUGCACCAACGAAUGCAAUUUGAAGGUGGAAUAUUAUCUCCUACAGCAUAGUAUCCCGAGGACUCAUCACAUGCCAGUUGCAGUCCACAUGAAAGUCUGCUUCAUCUUUUCCUGUUGGUAUGCCUAAUUUUUCACAUAUGUGCUUUGAGUACAUUUCGUUAGUUCCUAAUUAAUUUUGUUAUUGUUUGUUGCCCUUCUUUCAAAAUAAAAGAGUAAAAAAAUUAGAAUGUGCUUCUUGUGACUGAAGCAGGUAGUUUCCAAGACUCCAAAUGUUGCUUUUAUAAAGUACAUGGUAAUUUUAUCCAAAUUCUGCUUUUAUAAAAUUACAUGGUAGUUUUAUUCUUAAGUUCACCGUCAUGCUCAGAUUGAGAGCUUUGAGUACGAGGAAUGAAUGUACUUUUCUUAAGUAGGUUACCUUCACGUAGAUCUAAGGUUGCUUCCACGUUUACGGGUUAUUGAUUUCUUCCACAGCUGAUCAUGUUAGAGAAUCCUGAUUGCACCUUAUAUUCCAAGUUGUGCCAACAUCUUUGGUGAGAUUCUGCAUAUCACUUGAAUGCUCAAUACCCCAAUGUACAACUUGGUGCUCAAGAAGAUAAUUAAGGUAAGUCAAAUCUACGUUCAUGAUUUGAUUGAGUAUUGCCUCCAUUGGAUCUGAUGCUGUUAUGAGCUGGCUGAUUCUGAGUGACAUGUUCGGGUUGUGCACCUUAUAUAUUUGCUGGUUUUCUUUAAAUCUUUACCCUUUUUACUACAUUGAAUUGUUUUGGUAUGUUGAACUUGCACUUUGGCUUAUGAUAUCCUAUGCUGAUGUGCUUCCAUAGCUGUUUUUUCUGCUUCUACAGGAAUGCAUCGUUAUCCUCCUCCAUACACAGCUGUUGUUAGGCCCACCUUCCCUCCACAUCCACCUGGAGCAGUUGGAUCGAUGCCCCCAUUGUCGCGCCCACCAGUUCCAGCUAUUCGAGGGGUGCCCCCAGUAGUUGGUUCUGUUGCUAGACCAACAAUACCAAUUAUUCCAAUUGCAGAGAAGCCACAAACCACGGUUUAUGUUGGGAAGAUAUCUACGACUGUGGAAAAUGAUUUCCUGUUGUCUUUGCUUCGUUUAUGUGGGCCUGUCAAGAGUUGGAAACGGGCUCAAGAUCCUACAACUGGAGCCCCUAAAGGGUUUGGAUUCUGUGAAUUUGAGUCUGCAGAAGGGGUCCUUCGUGCACUUCGCCUGUUGUCUAGACUUAAUAUUGAUGGCCAGGAACUUGUGUUGAAUGUUAACCAAGCCACAAGGGAUUAUCUUGAGCGCUAUGUUGAAAAGAAAGUUGAGAGGCAAAAGAUGCUUAAAGAAGAAGCUUCUGAAAAUGCUGACAAGGAGGAAACAGCUCCUGGUGUUGACAAGACUGAACCGGCUAAGCCUGUUUCAACUGAUGAAUCAAAAGAGAAAGAUGGAUCUGUUGAAAAACCGGAUGAAGAUGCUGCUAAGAAAUUUGGCAUUGUGACCGAGGAAGACCAGGAAGGUGACAGAGAUGCUUCGGUGAAACUCACAAGUAUGUUGGAGGAAAGGGCAAAAAAUAGGCCUCCCCCUCCCCCUCCAUCUGCUCAAGCUACUACUGAUGUUUCUGCAAAGACUGAAGUGCCAUCUAAAUCAAGAGAUGGAGAUUCUGAUGUGGAUAUCAUGAAAAGUGAUGCUGCAGAAGAUAAAAACGAUGAUGAGACAACUAGUGAACAUAAACCUUCCACUGAGAAUGAAAGGCCUGAGACAAGCUCCUCGGAUAGAGGAAAAAAGCAGGAUAGAAGGAGCAAGGAGAGUGACCAUGAGCAUGACUUGAGACGGGAGAAAGAGCGAGAACUAGAGAGAUAUGAGAGAGAGCGAGAAAGAGAGAGAAUGAGAAGAGAGAGAGAACGAGAACAUAAACUACAUCAGGCUGAGAGGUUGUACAAGGAUCGAGUGAAAGAAUGGGAGGCUAGAGAGAGAGAGAGAGAGUACCAGCGGUCACAUGAGAAAGAGAGGGAGAAGGAGAGAGAGCGUGAACGCAGGAGGGAAAUAAAAGAGCAAGAAGAUGAAAGUGAUGAUGAUGACUCAAGGAAAAGGCGGCGCAGAGGCAGCACUUACGAGGAGAGAAGAAGAAAGAGGCAACGGGAGAAGGAUGAAGAUUUGACAGAUAGAUUAAGAGAAGAAGAGGAAAUAGCUGAUGCUAAUAAGAGAGCAAUUGAAGAGCAAAAGAAAAAAGAUGAGCUCAAGGUUUUGUCUAGUGAGUUGUCAAAUGGAAAUGAGAAGGAAGUAAACACUAUGGAGGAUAAUGGCUCUGAGCACAGAGAUAGAGAUUGGAAUCAUGAAGGUGAUCCUGCAGAUGCUAAUUUUGGUGGUGAUGAAGGAGGAUCAAAUGCUGUGUCUGAAGCAAGGCCAAACAGUAAUGCUCCUUCUCGGAAGCUUGGUUUUGGGCUUGUUGGAUCAGGAAAGAGAACAGCUGUGGCGUCUUUAUUUCAAGCAGAGGACGAUGAUGAUGCUGAAAAAGAGAAGAAAAUGAGGACUUUAGUACCCAUUGAGUAUUCCAUGGAGGAAAUGCAGGCUGUCCAAUCUGCAGCUCCUGGGACAUCUGCAAAUUUGGUUGCAGCGGCUGAAUUUGCAAAGCGCAUUUCAGGUAGUAGCAGCAAGGAAGAAAAGUCAGAAUUAGAAAAGGAAAGAAGUAGGCGAACAAAUGACAGAUUGAGCCAGAGGGAGAAGGACAGGGCUGAUGACGAGACAAAGGAAAGAAGUCGUGACAAGGCCCACGACAAAGACAAGGAUCGGGAGCAUGGCUUUGAUAGGAAGACUCCAGAAACUAAGAAGCUUUUGGAUGCGAAGCAGUUGAUCGACAUGAUUCCAAAGACAAAGGAGGAACUUUUUUCUUACGACAUAAAUUGGGCGAUCUAUGAUAAGCAUGAGCUGCAUGAAAGAAUGAGGCCGUGGAUUUCAAAGAAGAUAACUGAGUUUCUUGGGGAGGAAGAAACCACGUUGGUUGAUUAUAUUGUGACCAGUACAAAAGAUCAUGUGAAAGCUUCUCAAAUGCUAGAGCUGCUUCAAGCCAUUCUGGAUGAUGAAGCUGAAAUGUUUGUGCUUAAAAUGUGGAGAAUGCUCAUUUUUGAAAUCAAGAAAGUGGAGACUGGAUUGUCCUUGAAAUCAAGGACAUGAAAUAUAAGUGGCUUCCUGCUUUGGAUGUCAGAAUGUGUAUUAAUCAAUUCUUAGCCAGAAUGCCCAGAUAGAUAAAAGCUCCACUGCUAUUUGUUUCUAAGUCAUACACUGGGAAUGAUUGUGUUCGGUAUUGGCCCUGGUAACCCUGUCUAGACAUGCAAUCUACGUAAUGUGGACCCACGUUGGAACUAAGAGUCGCAUCAUUGGGUUCUGCUUUCUACGGUGAAUUGGGUUCAGCGCUUAGGAGGAUUUUCUAUUGUGGGUUCUGUAUCAGCAGUUUGUGUCCCCUGCUGGAGUUUUAGUUGGCUAGCCAUUUUAGUUGGAGCUUUCGACAGCCAAUUGCCACACGACAGAAUGUGGUACGAUUCCUUGACCAGAAUUUGCCGCCUAGUGGCACGAGAUUGGAAGAAAUCCUCAUCUGUAUUUUGUUUCCCGAAUUUGAUGGCUAUUUCCGGUCUCCAUUACCACAAGAGGCAGAGAAAUUUGUUAGUUUUGAGAAAAUUUUGGAGGUACUGAAAUGGAUGGAGCAAGCGCAUUGCCUCCUGUACCUAUAACCCUUCAACCCAAUGUCUUGACGGUGUAUUUUUCUUAUUAAUAAAAAUUCCUUAGAAACUGUAUAACUCUUCAAGAAUAGUGGGUAUAAUUUGGAUGUGAACACGAUAAUGUUGACUUUCA